CAGCAAUUCUCUCCAGCUCCCUGGAUUAGCUGCCUCUAUGCCUAUGCCCCAGAGCAUCAUCCGCUUCGCGCCACAUAAGACGGCCCUGUCCCGACGUCCACUGUUGAUCUCCCUUGGCCAAGUCGUCGGAUGUCGCGCGACUCGACUUGGCCCGCCUCGAUCACACUCGAAUAUGAACGAACGAUAGAGCCCGCCUGCAUCUCAUCCAACUAUCCCAGAGCACCAUGUCAAGCACCAGGCUCGUCUCCCGAAUCGCCUACAACUCCGUCUAUGGCUUCCUCUGUCUCAUCUUGACUCUCUUGCUUCUCAUUGUCCCCGGCGACUUCGUCGAGCAAGCUUUGACCACGACCCAUCAACUCAUUAACCUUAUCGUCAUCGCCAUCGUCUACGUUAUCACCAUUCUCAUCGUCCUGUUUAUCUACUUCUUGAGACUCUAUGUUACCCGUACCGUGCUUGCGUCUAUUCCAAAACCAUUUGUCCCGAUCGAGCCAGGCGAUGUCAACAAAGAGGUUUACACCAUGGUCGCGAAGAGCCAGAGCCAAAGUGCUGCUAUUGCUUGGGAGUCUCGUCCCAGGGUCAUCACACCUACUGGUCCGCUCGAGUCAGUAGCGGCAGUACCAGGGGCAGGAGAUGGAAAAGCAACUGGGAAUGCCGUAGGAGUCGAGGGCAUAGAUGAUCUACACCACAAGGAAAGUCGUCGCUCGCUUCAUUUAUCGAGCUCGAAACCUUCAAUAGCCGGGACGCAUGGAACGUUGAGCGGCAUUUUAUUGUCGCCCCUGCGGCCAGUCUGGGGAGAAGUAGAACAUUACGGCUGGGGUUCUCCCGCUUCGCCAGACUUACCCAAUCUUCAAUACGCCACAGUGAUGGCAGAGUUACCGAACCUCAUCGAAGCCAAAGCCGUCGCUCAGGCACCUACAGACCCAGACUCGGUGCCAAACGCGCCACGCUUGGACCCCGAAGCCGUCAUACUGCUUCAACGGGCGCCAAACAUGACCAUGAGGAGCUAUAUCACGCACCUCACUUCGCUUGACGUCUUACACGGGUCCCAAGAUAUCGUCAACUUCCUCGAUUUAUAUGAACGAGUGCGUUUCUGCGGGCAUCCCAUGUCAAACGCCACGUUCAGGAACCUAAUGCAUUUGUUCGCCGAGCUUCUUCGGGCCAUACAGCCCUUGCAUCCGAGGUUUUUGUACAGCAAUAAUAACGGUACCGACAAUGACGACGACGGCAGCAGUCUCGCUUUUGACGGACACAUUGAUGAUGAUGCUCCAGAGGGAUCCAUUGCCACCACCCGCACGCCCUCUCCAAGUCUUAGGAGAGGUAUGCACGGUUUCGACCGAAAUUCGAUUAGUCCGCACACACCCCGUCUUGGCGCGAGGAAUUCGUCGGCUGCUACACGCGGUCAGUACCGCACGGCGCCCACGACACCGCGGAGUCGAGCGACAGGUACUUUUGCGUCACGUUCACCUAGUAGCGCGAGUAGUAGCGCCAGCAGUUUCACGCAGUCGCGUCGGCCGUAUCCUGCCAGUCAGUCGUCGUCGAGCGGUAGUAUCAGGUCCGGAGCCUCGGUCAUCAGACUUGCUAUGGCGUCGGACACGGGGGAUUUACCUUAUGUGCUGCGGCUUGUGGAUACGUAUUAGGGACUUGGAUAGGGUUGAUGGAUUUGUGCUUCAUAUCGCAUUGCUUGGCGCGGAUACAGGGAUUACAGAAAGGGAAAGGAACUUGAUAGAAGGGCUUUUGCUGCAUUGCGCUGGCGUUGAUGGGAUGGAUGGGAUAUAUAUCCCGGAUUCUAAAUUAGUCUUUAAUGUAAUAGCUAUUAGCUAGUGAAAUGUGCAUAUAUUGAACGAAUUCUCUAGAU